AUAUCGCAACCUUCUCCGCCCCUCCCACACCUGAAAAAAGAGACAUGCGCCGUCGAGUUUUUGAAGGCUUUUAAAUUUUGCGUGUAAAAUGGCCGCGCAGGUCGAUUUGGUGCGUGUGAAAGUGGAGGAGAAGCCUAGGGACGGUGUGGAACCUGGAAGCAAGGAGAAGAAGCGAAAGAAGAAGCGGGAGCACUCGCCCUGCACGGAGAAGCAUGCGAGACCGGAGAAGGAGGCGAAGAAAAUGAAGCUACAUCACCACCAACACCAACACCAACACCACCAUGCUCAACAACAGCGAGUACCUCAGCAGCAGCAGCAGCAGCUACCCCAGAAGACUUCUCAAGGGAUAAACUUCAACAACAAAGAUCUGGCGGCUGUGCAGCACCGCAGUCACCACCACGCUCCCAAGAAGGACGCAGCUGUGGUGUGGCAGCCUCGAAAGGCGAACCCGCUGCCUCACAAGCCAGCUCCAGCGCCGCUCUUCACUUUCACUCCGCUCAAAGUAGCGAAGGCCGAUCACAGCACCAAGCCCCAGAAACACCCCGAGAAAGACGUAAAGCUGAAACCCAAGAAGGAAAACGCGGGGGUCAACGUCAAAGUCGGUUCCUGUAAGAAGCCGACAGAGCAAAACAAUGAGAACGGAAAGCCUCAAACCUUGGAGGAGUACCUGCUGAAAAAGAAGAAGAAAAAGAAGAGGCACCGGGAAGAGGAGCAGCGCAGCAAGCGAUUGCGGACAUCCGACAAGGAAAUCCAGACCGACGACUGCUCGUCGUCCACCGACGACAAGACCGUCCUCGCCAACGUCAAGGACGAAAAGCUUGGCGACGAGGGUCCCGGCUCACCCUUCCUCUCGCCUCAGGACCACUUCAUUCGCAGCUCGUGCCUGAAAACAAGCUCACGGUUUAGCAGGCUCAUGCACGAGGAGGUGCAGCCCAACGGCGGGGCAUCCAUUCUGCACGCGUACGCCGAUGAACUCUCGCUCCUGCAGCCUGGGGAGAAGGAGAGGUUCGCACGCGAGUUCCUCGAGCAGGCUUUUACCGAAAUUACCAUAGGAGCGGCACGGUACGCGCUCUCUGUGGUCCACGGUGCUGCUGCCUACCUCCCGGACUUCUUGGAUUACUUUGCCUUCAACUUUCCCAACACGCCGGUCAAGAUGGAGAUUCUCGGGAAGAAGGACAUCGAGACCACCACUAUCUCCAAGUUUCACUCCCAGGUGAGUCGAACAUACUGCUCUGGGACCUACCGAGCUGGCCCCAUGAGACAGAUCAGCCUGGUGGGGGCUGUGGAUGAGGAAGUAGGGGAUUAUUUUCCAGAGUUCCUGGACAUGCUGGAGGAAUCGCCGUUCCUCAAGAUGACCUUGCCGUGGGGAACCCUGUCCAGUCUGAAGCUGGACUGUCGCUCUCAGAGUGACGACGGGCCCAUCAUGUGGGUUAGACCGGGAGAGCAGAUGGUUCCCACUGCUGAUAUGCCCAAAUCUCCAUUUAAGAGGCGCAGGUCCAUGAACGAGAUCAAGAACCUGCACUACUUGCCGAGGACGAGCGAGCCACGCGAGGUUCUGUUUGAGGACCGGACGAGAGCACACGCCGAUCACGUGGGCCAGAGCUUCGACUGGCAGAGCACCGCCGCUGUGGGGGUCCUCAAAGCUGUGCAGUUUGGAGAGUGGAGUGACCGGCCACGGAUAACCAAAGAUGUCGUGUGUUUUCAUGCAGAAGACUUUAACGACGUGGUGCAGAGGCUUCAGCUCGAUCUCUACGAGCCCCCUGUGUCUCAGUGUGUGCAGUGGGUGGACGACGCAAAGUUGAACCAGCUGCGGCGAGAGGGCAUCCGGUACGCAAGAUUGCAGCUGUGCGACGACGACAUCUACUUCAUCCCACGCAACGUCAUCCACCAGUUCAAGACCGUGUCGGCCGUGUGCAGCCUGGCGUGGCACAUCCGUCUCCAGCAGUACCAUCCCGAGAAAGAGCAACAACAGGUAAAAGAGGAAGAGGAAGCGUGCAAAAUCAGCACCUCCAAGCCAGACAAGCCCGUCAACCAGAUGUCGACCUCGUUGCACCCACCUCAAGCGGACGCUUUGCGACCAGAGAGCGCACCUUCACUGAACACCACUCCUCAAACUCCAACAGUUCCUCAGGCUUCCCUCCAUCCAGCUCAAGGUGACACUCUGAGCAGCAGCAACAGCCUUCACUGAUUUCUCCCACAGACCUGCAGGUGACUGAAAUCCUUUUCACCUGUUAAUCAAUUUAACAAACUUGACUGACAUUCCAGGAGAGGAUCGGACUGUCUGACAAAAUCCAAGACUCUGAAAGUCUGACAAAUAUAAAUCUAUAUAUAAAUAUAUAUAUAUAUUUCUUUUUUGUUUUUUUAAAGAAAAACAUUUUGUUCUAGAAGCAACCCUGUAAGUACUUUUUAAAUUUCUUUUCACUCAGCCAAAGUAUUUAAUUUUAAUAAUAUUUCUUUUGCUGAUUGUUCAGUAUUGUUUUAUAUUUGUUUAUAUCCUUCUUUCAAGAGGAAAUCAAUAAUAAUUUCUACCGUGCAUCAUGUGGAUCAGUUAAUUUUUUAUUUAUUUUUUUUUUUUGCAAAAGACCAGAGGGAAAAAAGUGCCUAACAGCAAUCAUGUCUCUAAAGAAGAAACAAACAAACAAAAGUUCCUGUUCAAAUCUGUACUGGUUUAUAUUUUUUAACAUCUUUUAUCCCAGUUGGAGAAUCCGUGUGAAUGAUUUAGUUUUGAUCCCAGAGCAGGAUUGAUUCUCAUUGAGUUUUUUUGCUGUCUGGCAUGAAAACCUGUGUCCAAAUGAGUAAUAAAAUCAUACUGCUCCCAAAGAAAAAGCCUGUGCAAAGCUGGAUGUUCAGAUGUUUGAAUAAUUUCCAAGUGAUGGCUUGUAUCUCUGGAUUACCCUUUGCUAUGAAUUUCUCAGGUUCCCUUUUCAUUAGAUAAUUAUUUGUUGUUUUUAUGGGACAUUGUGUAAAUUUGUCACAGUGCCACAACUGGAUCGUGUUUAUGGCAGGAAUACGUGUAAACUGCACAACUUACACUUACUCUGAAUUUACUUUCAAAUCGGGAUGUAGGCGUGCGUCGUAAUUUGGAGUGUACGCAGUAAAUGACUCUCCUGUGGUUAACUGUUAGUUACUCAGGGGUGGACGAAUCAGUAGCCUGGACGCCUGGCAAUAACUAAGCAGCUUUACUGAUCAACUUUCACACCAGGUUUUGCUUUGAGGUGAUGGAAUUAGUUUAGCACGCACCAGCAUGUCUCCUGACCACGCAUCCAGACAAGACGUGGGAAGUUAUUUGAUGCUCUGUAGAUGCUCUUUUGGGAAUCAUGAACAUGGUUUUACACAGUUGUGUAACCACAGAGAAAAGUACACACCCAAAUGUUAUUUUUUGAUGAACAAAUAGUGGUGCUCAAACUUUCAUCUGCAUUAAUGCUAUAAACCUCAUUCUUUUAACAAUCUGAUCGCGUCCGAACUAUUUAGUUCUGAUGAUCUUUUGAUGGUCUACGAUUCAUUCACUAGCAGCGAUGUCAUAGGGAAAAGCUAUUUUAACUUUGAGAGCCGACCUUCAUUCACACACACUGCGACUUGCAGGGACGAAGCGUCACGGUAACGAUGAAAAAGAAAACCCCGUCUCCUGAUAUUAUUGCAACAAAAAAAAAACCGGAACUACUUGCGCCACCUACUGUUAAGUUACUACGACAACCAGUACGAAGUCACGUCUUCUGCGUGUGUGAACGCAGCAAAUCUCAGUACAAUUCUAUUUAUUUUGUUUGGUUAAAGCAAACGUUGUUGCACGCCGGUUGUCUGUCAUAUCUCAUUGAAUUUGUAUUCUAUUUAUGAUCAGUGCCUUUUUUUUUUUUUUUUAAGUGGCACAACGAGCCAGAUCAUCUGAUCGGUCUGUAAUCGGUGCAUAUAUGAUUUACGUUAGUUUAGCUAAUACAGUCAGGUAAACAGAACCCUCGGCUAGAUCACAGCUGUCUGAUUUUCCCACCCCUGAAUGAUACCAGUCGGUCAGUCUGGGUAUGGAGAAGCAGCUAAAAAUUCUACACCAUCUUAUUAUUAUUCUUUUAAUGAGCUUCCUAACUGGCCUGUUGAUUGGCCAGUAUGUGAUUAAACACACGUGUGUUGCUUUCAAAUCAUUUAUUCAACACAUCACUCAUUGUACCUAUUUGGAAACUAGCCUGUGUGUGUGUGUGUGUGUGUGUGUGUGUGUGUGUGUGUGUGUGUGUGUGUGUGUGUGUGUGUGUGUGUAUAUAUAAUAUAUGCACGCUCACAUAUCACAUGAUGAGGUGAUCUUCAUGAAGGGAGCGUUUAACACCAAAACGUGUCGCUGUGUACUAUUUAAACCCUGACUGCUUUUCUGUUCUCAAUCCAUCAGAUGUUUUAUCUUAUUUAUAUUUGUGCAUAGGAGAUACAGGAAUGGAGGGUCAUUAUAUUCCUUCAAUGAAUUUAGUUCAACUGAAUAUUCUUUAGGUGAACGUAGACUUCGAGAGCAAAUAGUUGCUCCUGUGUUUUUGUCACUAAGCUCAUGUUUUUUUCUUUUGUGGUAACAGCCGAUGCUUUACGUCAUCGUAUUUCUUCGUCUGAAACGAAGCUGAAUUCGUGUGACGUCCAGACUGGAAUGUAAUUUAUUUUGUCGCACCAGCAAUGAUUGUUUGCUCCAUCGGCCGUUUACAGAUACAAAGUUUUAUACAUUGAUGGAAGUUUUUUAACUUUUUUCAUAAUUGAGGCGAACGUUUGACUCGUGGUUGGCAUUUAAAAAAAAAAAAAAAAAAAGAGAGAAAUCCUUGUGCUUAUAAAGUUCAGUAUGCAAUAUAUUUCAUCUAAUUAGUUUGCAUGUGCAUUUUUUGUGCAAUGUGAUCUUGUUGGACAUUGCGUCGUUCUCUGAUGCAGUGGAAAAUCUCCUCCUAGCUCCUAAAUGAGUGCCUUUUUCUACACUUGUAUGUUCGAACUCGGAGGUGUGGAACAUGGCAGUCCAGUCUAGCAAUAAGUCAGCCGCUCUCCUGGUUUAGCUGGACCUCAACUUUGAAAGCUGGUGCUUUUUUGUUUUUGUGUGUGUUUUCUUUAUUGUCAUUGAGUGAGAAAUUUUUUUUGCAUCCCAUGGGUUCAGGCUACAAGAUGAAGUUUUUAUGAUUCAAUUGGCACUUUGAUCAGCCUGCCUUUUUCAAUCCAAACCCUUCUCCUUCUAAUAAAUGCCAUCACAUGUCUACAUAAUGUUUUAUUUCAGACUACUGGCAGCUAUUUAUUAUGUUUUGUCAUUGUUGAUCACUAUUAACUGUUUUGUGGUGGGUUUUUUUUUUUUUUUUUUGCACUAUAGGAAAAUCUGCUACGGAAUAGAGGCAUGCUUUUUGUGAAUUACAUUUAGCAGCACUAAUUGUACGUGGUUUUUUUUGUUUUGUUUUGUUUUUUCUUAAGGACGUAAUGUAAAUAAUCGGCGGUGUUUGAAUAGAACCGUUCUGUGUACAUUCUUAAUCAUGUGUAUAAAUACGUACAAUGGAAUGCAUAGAACUUUUUUUCUGUAUUUUUUUAAAUAAAUCAUUUUAUGAGUGCA